AUGGCUUGUUCGCGAGUUAUACGCGCGAGUAAACAAGCUAAAAAAGCUUGUGCUCGUGAAAUGAAUGAAAUAAACAAAAAAUCUGAUGAUUUUUUUCAAAAAUGUGAACAAAAACUAAAAGCAAUUCAACAACAAAUACAAAAAGAAAUGUUAAAAGUUGGUGCAGACAUUGAUAUUCCCACGUCGAAGAAAAUGACCUUAAAUAAAAUCAUUGAAUGCUUAUCUGAUGAUCGUGAAUGA